AUGGAUGUCUUCCAGCCGUCGAAAGAAGACUCUUCGUGCUUUCCAACCGAGAUCGAAUUCGCGAUCAUCGGGAAGCUUCGUCUCAACAAGGCCACACUAAAGCUGUGUGCCUUGGUCUGUCAACGAUGGCGCUACGUCAGCCAAUCCCACCUCUUCGCGUCCAUCUCUCUGCGCUGCGAGCGUAUGGCCGACUUCGUCGCCGUGUUGGACGCCAAUCGCACCCAAGUUGGAGGACACUUGCGGAACAUCUCCAUCAAGGGGGAUUCUGCAACCGACGAGACCCCGCUGCCCCUGCCACUCUUUGUUCGCCUCCUCUCCCAUCUCCCGAACUUAUCCGAUAUCCAGAUCGACCACUGUUCUUUGGAAGCUUCGUUCCCCUACCCUCCUCGCGUGGAGCUCACCGGUGGGAGGUGGCGUCCAUUUUCCAUCGACAACCUCACUUUCUUCAGCUGUGGCGCCCCCGACGGUAGUGUCUUGCCCUUCCUGUGGGCCCUGUGCCUGUUCUCCAGGAUCGGCAGCCUGACGAUCACCGAGGCCCACUGGGAGGACGGCUCUGUCGAGGUGGUGACUGCGGAGGAUUUCAACACACCCGCCAUUCAUACGAUCUCCCUCGAGAGCUUCCCGGAGGACCUCGACCUCUGCCUCUUCGACCUCCUCGAAGUCUCCGGUUCCCUCGCCAGGCACCUGCAAGAGCUCGACAUCUUCCUACUCCGCGACCAAGCAGGCACCCCGAACCUCCUCACCGAUAUCGUCCGCCACGGCGCCCAAGUCCUCACGAAGCUCAAGGUCAACCUGUGCAGCCUGAGCCAAUCAUGUACGUUCGCCCCCUCAGCACCUCCGCGUCUUCCCCCAGUGACCGACGCGCCCCCUCCCCUCUCUCCAGCGAUGCUCGACGAGUUCAUGACGCUCGACCUCGCCCGCCUCCCCGCGCUCCAAGAGCUCACGCUCGUCGUCCAGCGCGCGUGCUGGUCGCUCAACACGAUGACCAACAACCGCUUCCUCGGGUACUGGCUCGCCGUCUGGACGUGCUUCGUGCACACCGCCGCGCCCGCGCUGCACACGGUCACGUUCGCGCUCGACGCGAUGAACGAGCCGCUCGGCUCGUUCUGCGCCGCCGUCCGGCACGCGCUCGAGCACGAGGAGGAACACCGGGACGUGUGGGCCGCGUUGGACGGCGCGGUGGUCGCGCGCGCGCCGGCGCUGCGCCGCGUCGAGGUGUUCGUCGGCAGGGACCAGAACUCGGUGAAGGCGCACGUCGAGGGGCCGCUUGAGGAGCUGUGGCGGAUGUGCUUGCCGCGGACGUGGGCGACGGGCGUGGCGGGGUUCGUUUGGUUCGAGCCGUGGGUGGUGAACGAGGCGGUGAGGAACGCGCCGCCGCCCGUGAUCGUUCUCGAUGAGGAAGAAGAGCAGUUUGGGUUUGAUGGCAUGGACGAAGACGACGAUGAGUUUAGCGACGAGGACGACGAUAUGGUCGAUGGUGAAUUUCAAGAUUGA